AUGAAUGUUCCACAUUCCGACCAGGGGAAAGGACCAGUUCCCGAUCAAAGCGAAGUCGUUGCUGCGCUUCAGCGACAAGUAACAGAUCUGACGAACAGGCUCGAGAAGAUGGAACAAUUGAUUUCCAAGACCAAAAUCGAAGAAAUCAUGAAGAACAACGAAGCCACGAAGCCGAAGGACGCAGACGACUCCGCCAAAGCUGCGAAGGCUGAGGAUACAGCCGCUGCCACUAAGAAAAACAAGGAAGAGCUGGGCAGCUUGGCAGAGUGCAAAGUAUUGCAUGUGAAGCCGGGAAUCAGCUGGAAGCAUAAACUUGCAGAGAUCGCCACUGGCAAGCUGAAGAAAUAUGCUAUGAUCGUCUGCUAUGAAGGAAUCAAAACUGCCGACCGAUUGGACAACGAGCCAUCCCCUAGUGCUCUUCCGAUCAACAUCAUCAUCAACUCCGUUCGCCUCGAUCAACUCCUGCAGGGCUUCAGUCAGAACUUACUCCCGGAAGCCUCCCAUGUGCCAUACAUCGCUCCGAGCCCAUUCAAGGCAUUUGUUCAUCUCUAUGACAAGUUCAAGUCCGGUCUGAAGGACAUGGAAUACACAUUCGAUGGACAGCUUGAGGUCACGACUGAUGGUGUCAACAAAUCUUCACCUGAUGGCCCCUCGGGAUCAAGCAACGGUACUUCUGAAGACGAUCCUUUCAAGAGUCAACAGGAAGAGAUCAUGCUUCUACGUUGUUUUGUUCAAAUGUGUGAGGAACACCUCGGUUCAUUCCUUAAGGUCCAGUCACAAGUCGCCGAUGGAACUCUUGAGCGGAUAUCGUACCAGAACCUAUGGUAUCUGUUCAAACCAGGAGACAUCAUAAUCGGGCGUGGGGAGGGUCCGGACUCCCCAAGCUCUGCUGAAGCUUACUGCGUUUACUGUCCCACCAGUAGCCGCCCUCCGCAAGAAUACCUGGCAGUUACGUGGGACAUUACGUGGUACCAGAGACAUGAUAUGAUAGUACCCCAGUACUUGAAGGGCGAUGUUUCCCAACAGGAUGACUUUCAUCUGUUUUCCUAUCGAUGGCGAUUUAAUGGCUCUCGCUUUAUGCCUGAACAGAAGCUUGUCUUCAUCAAACCGUUCGAAGGAGAGAGGGAAAUUUCGGAGCUGACCUACUACCCAAAACGAUUCUGUAAAGCUGACGACCCAGUUCUUGAAUCCUUGAUCAAGAAGGGUGAGACGUUCAGAAGCUUGCGAUACGGCCACGGUGUGUACAAGGGACUGAAUGUACAGCCUCAGGCGCCUCAGUUCGUCGACGAGGAAGUUUUCGUUGACUUUAGUUCUGGUUAUGAGGCGAAUGUCUUCGGCAUUGAACCAUACUUGGAGCCAAUACCCCUGAGUCUACCAUUCAUCGAACAAGAGGACGAGUAUGGUGCACGUUGCGACAAGCAAAAUUGUUGGACUUGCGACAUCAACAUGUCAGUGAGCAAACUGGAGAUGAAGCGUGCCAGUGAUUUCAGAGCCACUGGCAAAUAUUCUCUGACAGUAUCAGCUGAAGACUUCGCCAACUUUUCGGAAGACCAGCUUGUUAUGCUGCCGCGCAUUUUGCUAGGACGACAGCAGUCCUUUGAUCAUCUCGUGAUCCCUUCUAAGACAAAACGACUAUUACAAUCGUUGGUGAAGAAUCACGGCAUAGUUGCCGAGAGCAAGGACGGGAGCGGGAAGAAGUCGAAGACCGAAAUUGACAUUGUCAAGGGAAAGGGUAACGGAGUCGUCAUCUUUCUUUACGGUCCGCCAGGGGUGGGAAAGACGUGUGGUGACCUUGGAUCAGAGGCUGUGGAAAUUCAACGAAAUCUUGACCAGCAUUUCAAAUUGGCUCACAGAUGGAAUUGCGUCCUUCUGCUUGACGAGGCCGACGUCUACCUUGCUGAACGCAACAUCCACGAUCUAGACCGCAAUGGAAUAGUUUCAGGACUCAUUGACGAAGCUUUUAAAUCUCGAAUUCAUGUUGCACUGAGAUACAAGUCCAUCGAUGCACCUGGGACGAAGAAGAUUUGGGAAAAUAUCCUGGAUAGAAUUGAGUUGGAUAACGAGAAGAAGGCUGUAAAGGUCUGUUUUGACCGGAACGAGCUUCUCGAAUGGGCGGAAAGUCACUUUGAUGACAUCAAAGACAAGAAAUCGGAUGGCCUCAGCGCGGCGACCUGGAACGGAAGGCAGAUUCGCAAUGCAUUUCAGACAGCCAUCGCUGUAGCUUCAUAUGAGCGCAUCAAGUAUCUGGAAGAAAAGAAUGUCAGCGAGGAAGAGGCCUUGACGAAGAAGGCCAAGAAGUACCGAACCAUUCAGCUCAGAAGCAAACAUUUUGGUACAGUUUCGAAGGUGGUCGGCGAAUUUGAAGAUUACCUGGUCAAGUGCCGAGGAGACGAUGCCGAUCGCGCAUCCAAGAGCUCAUGGAGAAAGGAUAGUCAUGAACCAGGAGCACCGCGUCUAUCUGCUUACCCAAAGCCCAAGGAAAUGCUUAAGCGUUCUGAAGAAGGCAGUCGAAGAGGACGUGGCGAGGAUCUGUCUGACAUUCGGAGCGCCAAAGGAAGGAAGUACGAGUCUCACAGUGACGACGAUGAACAUGACGGCAAUAAAAGUAGGCUCAAAAAUGAAGCCAAGUCGAAGGGGCGGGACGAGCAACAAAUCGACGAGUCCGAAGAUGAUUCAGAAAGCGAAUCUACUAGCGAAGAUGAAUGA